AUGCCCGAUCCAGCCAAGUCCGCCCCAGCGCCCAAGAAGGGCUCCAAGAAAGCCGUCACCAAGGUUCAGAAGAAGGACGGCAAGAAGCGGAGGAAGAGCAGGAAGGAGAGCUAUGCCAUCUACGUCUACAAGGUGCUGAAGCAGGUCCACCCCGACACCGGCAUCUCCUCCAAGGCCAUGGGCAUCAUGAACUCCUUCGUCAACGACAUCUUCGAGCGCAUCGCAGGGGAAGCCUCCCGCCUGGCUCACUACAACAAGCGCUCCACCAUCACCUCCCGGGAGAUCCAGACCGCCGUGCGCCUGCUGCUGCCCGGAGAGCUGGCCAAGCACGCCGUCUCCGAGGGCACCAAGGCCGUCACCAAGUACACCAGCGCCAAGUGAGCGCCGCCCCCGCUCUCCGGACCCAAAGGCUCUUCUCAGAGCCCCCACCCUGUCUCCAGCGGAGCUGCUCCCGGGUCUC